GGCCAGGUGGCAUAGAUCCGGGUACCGCGGCUCCGCCUCCUUGUGACGUACACGGCUGGUGGUCGUUGUGUCAAAACAGUGGCGAGGUGCAGCCGGGGCGGACGGAUUGUCGGGCAGGUUCCCAGAACACGGGCCCGGUUACCAGAGACUGGCUGGAGAACCUUUAUCCUAUAAUGGCAGAAGGAGGUUUUGACCCUUGUGAAUGCAUCUGCUCACAUGAAUAUGCUAUGAGAAGGCUGAUAAAUUUGCUGCGACAAUCACAAUCUUAUUGCACAGACAACGAGUGUCUGCAAGAAUUACCUGGACCAAACACUACCAAUGAUGGCAGUCUGACAUUUUCUAUGAUUAUGAUGGCUUGGAUGAUCAUUGCCCUUGUGUUGUUCCUGAUGAGACCUGCUAGCCUGAGAGGAUAUCCAACAGGUGGAAAAUCACAUGGGCCACACAAUAAUCCAAGGCAAGAACCUCCUGCUCCUCCUGUGGAUUAAAUUUACGGAUAUGGAUUUCUUAUAAUUACCAGCUAAGAAACCAACUGACCAAACCUAAUAACUGUGGCCUGAAUUAUUCUCAAAACUGUUAGUUUACUGAUAUAUAUUUUACCAAUAUUUUCAUAAAAAGUCAAUAUUCCCAAUAUAGUACUUGCAAUAGUUGAACAGUUAAUUGCACUACUUAAAAAAAUCAAACUCUUAUAUUUUAGACAAAUCGACACAUUUCCUUUUACAAAACAAUUGGGAAAGAUGAACAUUCCUACAAAACACUGAUCUCUGCCAGCUAUGUUACUAAUGUGUUGUCCGUGAAAAGUGCGGGGAUGGUGGGAUAGAUUCACUAUUACAUCUGUCGCUGUACCUGACACUGGGUACAAUGCUAGCAGGAUAUCCAAAUCAUUGGUAUUUUACCCUACUAAGGUUAUAAUGUUAACUUUUAUUUAUGCCAGUUUUUGGGUGGUAAUUGGACAAGAAGUGACUUGAGCAUUAUUACAUUGUCUUGACUGCUCCUUUAAGAUUUUGAUGCCAGUAGGUUUUACCCGCAACUUGUUUGAAGUAGUUAUUUUAAAAUCCUUUUCUGUAACAUGCAGACUUUUGGAAAUCCUUAUUUCCUUUCUAUACAGUGCUGUACAUUCCAUACACCUUUUGACUUAUCAGUGUGUUUCAUUUAAAUGUUCUGGUAUUCAGAAUUCAGUAUGAUGUAUACUAGUGCCAAUCUAUAUUGCAUAUGUAUUAUUUUACUAUACACUAGCAUCCUUCAAUCUCUAGGAUGCUCUACUGACUUCUACAAUUCCAGUGCCAAUAUUAUUCCAUAUUUGAAUGCCAAUUUAUAAUGUUCUAUUAGAGGCAAUCUGCUUUGCCUUAAUCCUAGUUCCAAGGGAAGACAUCUCUACCAUGAUGUUUCUCCCAUAACAUAUGACAUGAGAGCUUAUCACACACAAGAUUCAAAGUAAUUGUACAGUAGUACCUGUUUCAUUGUAUGAAAUGAUUGUUGCUGUGUCUCUAAUCAGAUAGUGUUUUAUAACAAAAAAAUCUUGCACUUAAGAAAGCAAUGCCUGAAUUAGGCUUUAAAAUGCAUAUAGGUGAUUGAAAUGUCUUCAUCAUUUAUGUAAUUGUGGACAUAUGAGAAUGAUGCUUUUGAUUUUAGGUGAGUGAAUGCUUCUGGUUGAAAGACUAAAAUGUGAUGUAUGUGGAGCAGUAACACUGUUGAGUUAACAGUGUUACUGCUCCACAUACAUCACAAUUCCUUACUCAGCUCUGUUUCUUUAAUGAGUGUUGUUGCUAUGAAAUGCAUAAUAUGGGUGGUUUAGGAAAUCUGGAUAAUAAUCUGAACUCCACUUGUACAUUCCUAAAAGAUAUUAUAGUCUUGCAUAGGUGAAGGCCCAGGAGUGGGAAGGAAAAUAAGAAACUUCCUGGAACUUAAUUUCAACUUGUGGAAUUGGUCAACCUGCUUUGGUGCAAGCACACUAGAUCAUGUAAGUUCACAUUAUCUUAGUUCAGAAUAAUUCUGAUUUUUUUUUCCUCUUUUUUUAAAUUGAAUAGCUGUAUCAAUGCUUUUUUUCUAAUUGCAUGCACCACUGUCUCUAGUAGAUAGUGUAUCGAAAACUCUGAGAUAAUCUCUUAUCUCUUAGUCAUUCAAGUCAGCAAACCUCAGUCCAUGAACUGUGCUGCAGAGACUUAUUUCAGCCAAGAUGGCAUUUGGGGGCAGGGGUACUACAAUUGGACAUAACUCACAUGAGUGAAGAAGAGCAAAGUUGUUAUUUAGAAUUACUGCUAUAGGUUCAUAUCUGUAGACAUUAAGAAUGGUGAUAUUGGGCUUAGCUUGGAUAAUCUUUGAGGGUGAAUAGCCAAAAAACUGCCACCAGUGAAAAUAUGUCUCCAGUGAUGGCACAAAGCCUGAUAAGAGAUGUUAAAAUCGGAGAAAAUUAAAUUUUCUGGUGUUUGUUGAAGCUGCCCAUUUUCCAGUUGAUCAGUAGAAUGAUAUUGUCUCUGUAUGACAUUGCCAUUUUGGAAGAAAAUGUAGAAUUAUUAUUAAUGCCUCCCCUAGUUUUAAGACCCUGUUAUUUUUUUAAAAGAAUACUUUUCAAUGUUGUGUUUUGUAAACCCUGUAAAUGAGCUGAAAAAUGAGGUUUUGGGGAGAAAUAAAAUAUAAACCUUACCAAAGAAGGUUUCAGUGUUCACAACUGACGUUGGGAUAAUCUACAUCCAUGACUGGGUUUGUAGCCCAUCAUUAUUUGUUAUAACUGUGGGACAACUUCCACCUUUGAAAUUCCUCUGACGGUGGAAUAUUUUUGUAUGUGGACCUUUCUUAGAUACUGUAAAAUGAGGAAUUUGUUCUUUUCAUUAAAUUACAAACUUUUCACUUACCAUUUCCCUAACAUUUAGUUACUGAGUUGUUAAAUCAGUAGUUUCAGAAUUCUAGACAAAAUUGACUUCCCUAUGGAAGGGUAGCUAGGCUUUAACAUGUAGAGUGAAAUGGUGGGGAGGGUUCCCUGCUAUUGGCCACCUUUUACCAAAAUAAAUUUUGCUCCUAUUGGUUGAAAAUCAAAUUUUCCUAAUAAAACAAAUCUGGGAAUAAAAUGAAGUAAUAUCUAUUUUGAAAUGUUUUUGACCUAUAAGGGUAGUGCCUUUGAACACCUGGCCUGAACAGCUAUAAAUUAUGUCUAGUUUGACUCAUCACUUUUGUUUAUUAUAUUUUUUAUUUUUAUUCCUAUAGAAGUUUACUUUAUUUGUUACUUACUCAGAUGGGAAUGGAAGCCAACAUUUUAUGAGAAAACACUGCAAAAUACUAAUUUUGACUAUUUCUAUUUAUUAAUCAUUUAAAAUUUGUUCUUAUUGAUGCUAUUAAAUCGGCUAAUUUCAUUGAAUAGCAAUGCUACUUGCAGGGUGUUUUUUAAAAAUUUUUUUGAGCUUUAUCCAAGGGUUAUUUUGUUGCAACAUCACUUCUGAAUCACAGUUUGCCAGUGUAAAUUUGUGGUGAUGGAAAGAAAAUCUGUAAGGUUAGAAUUGUUAUCAAACAAAAUGACAUACGGUUAACACACAGAUAACCAGAUCAUAGUCAAUUGUUUUCCAUAAAAUUCUGUGUCAAAUGUUUCUUUCAGUUUAUUCAAAGGGAAAUAAUUCCAGUUUUAUUUAAUAUGGAGAGUAAUACCAUCUUUGCACCUCUAUGGAUAUUUCAUUUGGAUUUAGUCUUUAUUGCAAAUUUUAAUUUAAAGGAAGACAUUGUUAAUUAAAGUAUUCCCACUGAUCUAUGUCGUGAUCCAUGAUGAGGAUCUAUGAUUGCCCUCCUCUCCGUCUCUAUACCUGGAAAUCAAAACUGGACUAGAACCAUUUGGGAACAAGUGAAGGGUAGUCAUCCCAGCUAAAGCAAAAUAACGUUACAUUUAAGUUUUUAGAGUGCUGUGGAGCCAGAAACCAAGCAUAGGCCAGAUGCAAUCACACAAGGAAGAGGGCGAAAACAGAAAGGACAUGGACAGGAGUUGACUGCCAAUUUUCCUGGCCACAAAAAAAAAAGUAAUGGUCCAAAAAAAAAGAGUAAAGGGAUAAUAUUGCCUUUGGCAAAUUUGCGAUGUUAUUUAUAUUGUUGUCACAAGUUCUGGGAUGCAUUGCUUUUUUUCCAAAAUGGUGUAAAUUAAAUUUCUAAAUAUGCCAACAGAAAGUUGUUAUCAUGUUAAAUUUAUGUAAAAUAAUUGUUAGACUCUUGAUUUCUGCUUAUGUACUGUAAUUAGUGCCAUUCAAGGCUUUUAAAAACUUUAAGGAAUUGUCACUGGGAUGAUGGCUUCUACUUUGCACUUUUUGUUCCAUAUUAAAGGUUUAUAUGGUUAUAA